AUGCGGUUAUCAAAUAUUGUCGCUUAUUCCACCUUGGUUGUGGUCAGCUCCUCUUUUGCUAUCAGACGCCGUGAUACUACAUCUAGCUCUACAACAUUUUCCAUUGACUUGCCACCAGGAACUACCACCAGUUCAAUUCCACCAGUAUCAUUGCCAUCUCCAAUUUCAACUGACUCGAUUCCACCAGUGUCGUUACCCUCGCCAAUUUCAACCGACUCGAUUCCACCAGUGUCGUUACCCUCGCCAAUUUCAACCGACUCGAUUCCACCAGUGUCGUUACCCUCGCCAAUUUCAACCGACUCGAUUCCACCAGUGUCGUUACCCUCACCAAUUUCAACUGACUCGAUUCCACCAGUGUCGUUACCCUCGCCCAUUUCAACUGAUUCGACUACACCAGUAUCAUGGCCUUCGCCAAUUUCAACUGAUUCGACUACACCAGUAUCAUGGCCUUCGCCAAUUUCCGUGUCAGUGAGUUCAGCACCGAUUAUUUCGCUUCCUACCGUUUCAUUUAGUGACUCACUGGCUCCAUCUGGUACCGAAACUUCCAAUGACCACCACUCACUGUGGUCUUCACACUCACACCCAUCUAGACCACCAGAAGAGUCAACAACCACUAUUACAACUACAGAAAUAACUACUACUACUUGUCACCACCACGAGUGCUAUCCAACUACCAUCACUACCGGUGUGACCACUAUAACUGAAACUGAAACCACAUACACCACAUGGUGCCCAAUCCCAACUGAAACAGUUACCGUUCCAGAAACAACAGUUGUUACAAUCACCGAAUGUACACAUGAUGUUUGUACCACUAAGCCAGUUACUACUGGUGUCACUACGAUUACUGAGAUUGAAACCACAUACACUACGUGGUGUCCAUUGCCUAUAGAAACAGUAACUGUACCAGAAACAACAGUUGUUACAAUCACCGAAUGCCACUACGAUGUUUGCACUACCAAACCAGUUACCACGGGCGUUACCACCAUCACUGAUCAUUGGACUACGUAUACGACUUGGUGCCCUAUUGUUACAACAACCAUUACUGAUCAUUUCCCACCACCACCACCUCCUCCACCAUCAUCUUCGGUUUCAGUUCCACAUCCACCAAUUGAGACCACAGAAACCGAAAUUGAAACAACUACCAUCACCAUUACUUCGUGUUCCGACUAUGUUUGUACUCCUGUUGAAAUCACCACUGGAGUCACUACAGUCACAGAAUUCGAUACUACAUUCACUACAUAUUGUCCUAUACCAGAUGAAACAAUAACUCUUGACCCACCCGAAAUCCCUACUGUCUCGUUCCCAACUGAUUCUGGCCAGACUGGUACAGGAGAAAUCCCACCCGAUGAAACAACAAUAACCCUUGAUCCUCCAGAAAUCCCAUCGACACAUCUUUCCAAUGGUGAUCCUUCCGGUUCUAAAUCUUCAACUGAUCUUUCUGGAAUACCAACAGGAAUCACCAUAACACCAAGCGAUACCACCACCUGGGACACAUGGACUACAGGGUCGGAUGACACCACCACCUGGGACACAUGGACUACAGGAUCGGAUGACACCACCACCUGGGACACAUGGACUACAGGGUCGGAUGACACCACCACCUGGGACACAUUCACCACACCAUCCAGUGAAUCAGGUACUUUUACUAUUUUGCCUGUUUCGGAUUCCAAUGUGGAAGCUCGGGAAAUAACUAUGGAACUCACAACGUUAUCCAAUGAUGGAUCAUACAAUGAGCUAUCAAUAUUUGGAUGCCUUUUGGCUAUAGGUGCAGUAUUGAUCUAG